UGGCCAGGUGAAUGUCGGGGGGCGUUCUGUGAUUGAGAUGUGGUUGUGACCGUGACUUAGGGACGUUCUUUUGGGGGGCAGAGGAGAACUCUGCCAAAGAGUUGGGUCCUUCCUUCGCGCUGAGGAGGCCUCGUUCCCGGAUCAGGCCUGACCGGGAUAAGUCCCAGAGAGUUGUAAGACGUUGGAUGUAGAAGUUCUUCAUGAUCGGUGUCCUGUACAAACCUAGUUUCCUGUUUCUACUUUAUAUCCUCUCUUCAUGGAUUUGUUGAUGUGACCUUCCAUGCCCAUAACGAAUCAACUGGCCAGUCUUAUCUCUUUUCUGGAAGACCUGUUAGUUGUACGAGAUAUGCUGCUCUUCUUUAUUGUGGGAUUGUUUGUCCACAUUGUGUUCUUCGCCUCCAUCUUUGACAUUUACUUUACAUCUCCUCUGGUUCAUGGGAUGACUCCUCAGUUUACGCCGUUGCCCCCUCCAGCGAGAAGACUAGUGCUCAUCAUUGCCGAUGGGCUGCGGGCAGAUGCACUUCAUGAAUUCGAUGAAAAUGGAAAUCCUAGAGCACCAUUUAUUAGGAGCAUCAUAAUGCGGGAAGGCAGCUGGGGGAUCUCUCAUACGCGUGUGCCAACUGAGUCUCGGCCCGGUCAUGUGGCCGCCAUAGCUGGCUUUUAUGAAGAUGUCAGCGCGGUUGCCAAAGGAUGGAAAGAAAAUCCUGUAGAAUUUGACUCUCUUUUCAAUGAAAGCAAGUACACAUGGAGCUGGGGAAGCCCAGAUAUCCUGUCUAUGUUUGCCAAAGGUGCUACAGGAAACCAUGUUUUUACAUAUAGUUAUGACGCUGACAAUGAAGAUUUUGGUGCCCAGGAUGUAUCAAAACUGGAUACAUGGGUUUUUGAUAGUAUUAAGGAAUUCCUUCAUGCUGCCAGAAACAACCAGUCUUUGUUUUCUAAACUAAAAGAAGAGAAAGUAGUUUUUUUCUUACAUUUAUUAGGAUUAGAUACAAAUGGACAUGCUCACCGACCAACAUCGAGGGAAUAUAAGGACAAUAUUAAAAUAGUUGAUGAAGGAGUCAAAGGACUUGUGUCUCUCUUUAAAGAGUUCUAUGGAAAUGAUGAGAAAACGGCCUUUAUCUUCACCUCUGACCAUGGAAUGACAGACUGGGGUUCCCACGGGGCUGGCCAUCCUUCAGAGACCUUUACUCCUUUUGUCACUUGGGGAGCUGGAAUUAAGUAUCCCCAGAAAGUGUCGGCUCAGCAGUUCAAUGACACACUUUUGAAAGAAUGGAAAUUGGAGUACUACAAGAGGCAAGAUAUCAAUCAGGCUGAUAUAGCACCGUUGAUGGCUUCUCUUAUUGGAGUCCCCUUUCCCCUUAAUUCAGUGGGAAUCCUUCCUGUGGAUUAUCUUAACAACACUGGUGUCUUCAAAGCAGAGAGCAUGUUUACAAAUGCAGUCCAGAUUCUUGAACAGUUCAAGGUGAAAAUGACUUAUAAAAAAGAAGUUACUUUACCAUUUUUGUUUACACCGUUUAAGUUGCUUUCUGAUUCUAAACAGUUCGACCUUUUAAGAAAAGCAAGAUCUCAUAUAAAACAGAGAAAGUAUGAUGAAGCAGUCUUCCUUUGCAAGGAGCUGAUUGAUCUUGCAUUGAAAGGAUUGUCCUAUUAUCACACUUAUGACAGAUUUUUUUUGGGCAUCAAUGUUCUGCUCGGUUUUGUGGGAUGGGCAUCUUAUGCUUCUCUGUUGAUCAUCAAGUCUCAUUCCAGCCUGACCAGAGGUGUUAGUAAACCAGUUAAGAAACCAAACUAUCUCCUGCCAUGUGGUUUUGUGGCUAUUGGCAUUUCAAUGGCAUUUUUCCUGCUGAUUCAAGCCUGUCCCUGGACUUACUACGUGUAUUGUUUGCUGCCAGUGCCUAUAUGGUAUGCGGUUGUAAGAGAAUACCAAGUUAUUCAAGACUUUGUCACAUCACUGUUGACCUACCCCCUGAGUCAUUUGGUUGGAUGCCUGUUAGCUUGUACGCUGGGAGUCGAAGUAUUAGUUCUCAGUUUUUUCUACCGCUCUGUGCUUACUGUUGGACUUCUUGUGUUUGCGGGUUGGCCAUUUACCACUCAGCUGUGGACUCGAGCAAAGAGCACCUCGCUGAGUUGGAUUUUCUUCUGUCUGCUCCUGGCGGUGUUCCCGCUGAUGCCUGUUGUAGGACGAAAGCCAGACGUCUCUCUAGUGAUGAGUGCAGGCUUGCUGGUUCUUCUGCUGUCCCUGUUUGUUAUAGCAUCUCUCAUAAAAAGAAAAGAUGGUUUUGUAAAUGAAAAGCUGUUGUUACAUCUAUCACAGAUGCUGAGCACUGUACUUGCUAUGUAUGUUGUGUAUAGCACUCAUAAUAGUCUGCUUAAGAAACAAGGACUUCCUCUUGUUAAUCAGAUUGUUAGCUGGACAAUAUUAGCCUCCUCUUUCGUCCUGCCCCUGCUGAGCCCCAGGGGCCUCUUGCCGCGGCUGCUCAGCAUACUUGUCUCCUGGAUGUCGACCUACCUCCUUCUUAGCACAGGGUACGAAGCUCUCUUCCCAUUAGUGCUGUCGUGUUUGAUGUUCGUCUGGAUACACAUGGAAGAAGAAACCCUGCAGCAGUCUGGUGUUCCCUGGAAGCAGAAGGUCACCAGUAUCCAGUUCUCCAGCAGCACUGACAUCACCCAGUUUCGGCAGCUCUGUCUGGAUGACAUCCGAAGGGCCUUUUUCCUUGUUUUCUUCUUAGUGACAGCAUUUUUUGGAACUGGAAAUAUAGCUUCUGUUAACAGCUUUGAUCUUGCUUCUGUCUACUGCUUUCUGACUGUGUUCCAUCCUUUUAUGAUGGGAGCUCUGAUGCUGUGGAAGAUUUUAAUCCCCUUCGUCCUUGUGAUGUGUGCAUUUGAAGCCGUCCAGUUAACUACUCAAUUAUCAUCGAAAAGUCUUUUUCUCAUGGUUCUCGUCAUAUCGGACAUUAUGGCUUUGCAUUUUUUCUUCCUGGUCAAGGAUUAUGGCAGCUGGCUUGAUAUUGGAACAAGCAUCAGCCACUACGUGAUUGUCAUGGUCAUGACCAUCGUUCUCAUGUUUCUCAACGGCCUGGCCCAGCUGCUCACGACCAAGGAACUCAGACUGUGUGGCAAACCCAAAAGCCACCUCAUAUGAUGUUGCCGAACCCCCCUUCAGCACCUGGAUCCUGCGUCUCAUUGUCCUUUUCAGCUAAAAGCUUAUCGAAGUUUCAGUAGGCAGAGGGGUGUGACGUGUGGCAUCAAGAAAAUUCCAUGUGGGAUUCUGAACUCACAGGUCAUCUGGAAUAAAGGGCCUUCCAUUUCCUUUGGGUUCUGCGUGCAUCAGGGAGUGGUUAUGUCUGUGGGAAAGCUCUCUCCAUUUUCAUUUUCCCCUUGAGCUGGCAGCUCUUCCUCCUGACGUUUCUGAGCAGCGGUAACAGUCCAGCCCCCAGCUGCGCAGCUCCCCGUGUGCGCAGAGGAGAAGCGCCCCCAGGGCACAUUGCUGAUCAUGUCCAAAGUCAAUGCCUCGGCCCAACCUGAAGGAGGUCCCCAGGUGGCACUGUAAAUACUUACCAAGUCUCUGAACUGGCUUUGCAAAUAGUUGGAACUACUAAACAGUAACACUAGAAAGACCAUCAGGAUGAGUUACUCAAAUUUACUAAAGCUCCUGUAGAUAAAGGAGUGUUUGCGGGUGCUUGUCAUUCUCCUUCAGGAGGCAACAUGGUACCUUAAGUGUCUUAGGGCUGUUUCUAGGGUUUCCGUAACCAACUACUGAAAUGCAGGUUUGACCCUCACUUUUCUUUUUUUGUUUUUGGAGUCUCAUGGAAUUUCUGGAAAUAGGAAAGUAAAAAAUGCUUGGUGUGUCUUGUCCAGGGGCAAAAAAAAAGGAUUCAUUUUUAUUUGUAAAUUCAGUUUCUAUUAACCUCAUAGCUUUUAUUCUGCAUGGUUUGUACAGGGUACUUUAUUUUCUGUUUUUUUUUAUAAGAAAAAGUUUAUUUAGAAAGUUGCAGAGACAGUAGAGGCGAGCCACCUGGGCUGUGUGGACUCAGGAAACAAGUUACAAGAGUAAGAGGGCGGAGGUUCAAGAGAGAGAGAGAGGCAACAGCAACGCAGCCGAGGGAAGAAGAGGGGGCAGAGGGUGCUCCCGAGAGGGGAGCAUCUGGGACAGAGUUAAGUCAGUGGUUAAACUUUUGGAUGAUUCCGGGAGAAUCGAUGUGAACAUUGCUUCUCUUACUGGUUGUGAGAUGCUAGCCCAAAGGCCUAAAGUCCUCUCAUUAAAUUUCAGUUUUUACUUGUGAACUAAUUCUUAUGGACAAAAUAUUUUGAGAGUAAUAUUUAUUUAACUUUUUCAUCAAGCGACCUUUACAUGUCACUGCAGAGUUGGCCUUAUGCCCAUCGUCUGCCCCUAGAGUCUGACUUAGAUACUAAGCUUUGUUGGUCUGAGUCCAAUUUGUAAAAAAUAAUUGCUUCUGAAUUAAGUUAUAGCAUUUCUAACUCACAUUAAAUGAGGAGGAAGCCCUCUACAAAUGACUAAAUCUUUCGGAUUGGCAGGUUAGUGAACACAUACAAUUUACUUUAUUUAAUUUGUUAUUUAUUUAUGUAUUUAUUGUUGACACUUUUACAGAUGUCCCCCAUUUUUUUCCCCCUUUACCCUGCAACAAAUAAAAUUUAGAAGAGUCAAAGAUCAGGUUGGCAGUAUGGACUUUCUUAAUUUCUAUUUAUGAUGAAGUAUAACUAUAACCCAGUUGCGAAAGUACUGUGUGGUAUACCAGCAAAAGCCCUAGAGUAUAGAAGGAAGAAGGACCUACUGACAUCUGUGUGAGACCUCGUGCCCCAGACUGUGACGUAAAACUUGGGUGGACAGCUGAGAGGCAGCCGCGGCAGGCGGUGACGCUGACCGCGAGCCCGUGAACUGUCUCACUGCCUCAGAGGACUUCUGAUCAUUUUUUUCCACAAGCCAGAAAUACUUGACUUUAUGAACACUUACUUAACUCCUUUUAUGUCAGUUUUGCCUUUCAUCUUCUCCCAGAUUUUCACCCAGAAGAACUGAUGAAUAUUUGAUUACAACACUGUAAAAGGUGCUCCGUGCUUUAUCCUUAUUUCGCUCUUCAGAUACUGUUCUGAGUCCGUUGACUUUACAAAACGGGGUUUGGUGCCUGCAGCUGGGGUCCACCUGGAGGCUCUGUGCGGACCCCGCAGGACCACCCCAGGCAGCUCAGUGCGCUUUUGCUAUUGCUCAGCUUUUCAAACAUCUUCAAGUGUUUUGAAAUGCU